UGUAAACUUAAGCUCCAACCUUGGUUAAGAGUUCGGAUUCCCCCCCAAAAAAAAUCGUACCACAACGCUUCCAUUUCUGCCUUUCCCACGCUCCAUUAAGGCCACAGCCAUUCGCUCCCCCGACUUGAUCGGAACCAUCAGAGGGCCCUGAUCAUCAUUCAAGCGAUCCUUUCUAUCGUCGUUGAUCUCCUAUCACUGUCGUUGGCAAACAUGCUGAGUAUCGUUCUCAUCAUCGCAACCGCAAUUCAGCUUGCGGUGGCGUUGCCGAUCUACAAGAUUCCGCCGGCACUGUCUAGAGUCGCCCACUUUUGCAUCCUGCCGCAAGAGUUUGUGAUUAAGGACUUCCAGAUUUGGAACCCCCAGGCCGACAACAACCGCUCCACCACCAUCAACUUCCAUUACUUGGACGACAGCGUCAUGCCCGCAAUCGAUACCAAGUGCUAUCUCAACCAAAUCUCGGUCAACGUCGGCGCAAAGAAGAGUCUUGCUCCCCGUUAUGCCUGUGAUGACGCCCUGGUCGAGUUCAUGUGGACCAACGGCACGCUCACCGUGAUCGAGAGAGCUUGCCCGCAGGAGACUCUGACCCGUCCUCACGAGGCUACCGGCGUGCUGAAGCCCAAGCUUAACUGCCUCGAGACCAUCAGGAACAGCACGAUUGGUCCUGGCAUUGCCUGUUCAUCGACGCCCGAUGUCAUUUUGGGCGCGUUUGUCAGCCUCCGGCCGACGCUCAACUAAACAGGCAGUCCGGAUGGACGCAAUUAUACUGGACGGCGACGAGGCUGAAAGGAGGAGCAGAGAAAGGCCGGAAAUGGAGACUGGAGACAGGGAAUAAUAAUCUGGGUUCUUUGGGGAUUGAUCUCCCGCUAAUGAACGGGGGACAUCGCAUAGAGGCGUACACUUCUACGAAGAUUUGAGAUCACAGCCGUACCAUCAUCGCCAUAUCGUCCUCGGGCGAAAGAGUUAACACUUGGCUGAAUGUUGUUGCCUUUUGGUACUGCAAUGUGGG